AUGUCCGCAUUGCUUCCUGCGGAGGCGGUCACACUGCUGUACCGGCGCUAUCUAAAGUCUGCCAACCGCAUUCCAAACGUCACGAUCCGUAUGCUUCUUCUUCAGCAGAUUCGUUCUGGUUUCCGGCGCAAUCAAGGCGUCACAAGUCCUUCAGCGCAGCGUGAGCUUAUUAACCAGGCCCACAAGGAUCUGCAGGUGCUGGAGGAUGACAGACUUUCACGUACUUUGUACAUCAAUCGUCUCGGUCUUGUCUCGUGCCUUGACUGGGAGGUUCGCCGUACGGAGUACAACUUUAAGCCUGAGACGCAAUAUUUUCUUUCGUUCUAUCUUUUCUUUGGGUUUCUUUUCUUCUUGGCGGUUAUAUGGAGUGCAAAGCCGCUGGAGGCGCGGCAUCCUGAAAUUAGUGCCAUGGUGGGCGCCAUGGCUAUGAGAUUAGAGGCGGAUUCACCGGAGGAGCUUCGGGACAUGCGAGAGAGGCAAAUUCGCUCCGGGUUGGAACGUCAGGGGCACCAAAUGUCACUGGAGCAUCGUGUUCUUGCUACGUUUCAUGAGGCACCUAACGUGAAGGUGUUGCCGCCGUCACUUCACAACCCUGACGGGGCGGUGCGUUACGAGGAGUGA